GUGUUCCUACGUGUUCUCUUGUGUAUGCUGUCCUAGCUAUUUUCUUCGCCUCUGGCUGCUUUGUUGCACCAAAACUUUGAAAGCUCCUGUACACCACAAUCCGUUCAGGUCGUUUUCCGCACAAUGUCUUCUGUAUCGAUGCCUGCAAGGUCUCCAGACUUUGUCUAUGACCUUAUUCUGCAAUUCUGGCGUAUUGUAACAAGUAUCUUCUUCCGAGAGAUACGUCCCAGAGGCGCGUUUCACAUCCCGAGGCAAGGCCCUGUCAUAUUCGCCGCAGCACCGCAUCACAACCAGUUCUUGGACCCGUUGCUCUUGACAUCAGAAGUACACAGAGAAACACGUCGGAGAGUUGAGUUCCUUAUUGCUGCGAAAAGCAUGACGAGAAAGCCUAUUGGUUUUUUUGCGAAACUUAUGUCGAGUAUUCCGGUUUCAAGAGCCGCUGAUGAGGCAAAACGAGGCGCUGGAGUAAUUACUCUAUCUGAAAGCGACCCAUGUGUAAUUAUUGGUCACGGAACGAAAUUCACGUCUGAACUGAAACCAAAAUGUCAAAUAAUGCUACCCAAAUCGCUCAGCUCGUUAGUCGCUGAAGUGAUAGAAGUCGUCUCGGAUACGGAGGUGCGAAUUAAGAAGGAGUUUGGAGGCGAAAGUGGGAAGGGAACAGCUCGUGUUCGAGAUGCUAUUGACGAGGCUAAAAUGAAUGGCGCACAAGGUCUUGAGUAUAGGAUAUUACCGUUCAUCGACCAGCAGGAGAUGUAUCGAUUCGUCUAUCAGAGGCUGAAAGAUGGUGGAUGCAUCGGAAUUUUCCCUGAGGGAGGAAGCCAUGACCGAACCGAUUUAUUGCCUCUCAAAGCAGGCGUUACUGUCAUGGCACUUGGCGCAAUGGCGAGUGAUCCUUCUGUAAAGGUCAAAAUCGUCCCGGUUGGCCUGUCCUAUUUCCAUGCCCAUCGGUUCCGCUCAAGGGCGGUCGUAGAGUUCGGCUCAGCGAUGGAUGUGCCUCCAGAGCUCGUUGAAAUGUUCAAAGAGGGAGGAACUAAAAAGAGAGAGGCUUGUGCUAAGCUUCUUGACCUUACUUACGAGGGGUUGAAGACAGUGACAUUAAGAGCACCUGAUUAUGACACUCUCAUGGUUAUUCAAGCCGCGCGUCGCCUUUACGAAACGCCUGGCCAGCAUUUGACUCUCGGCCAAGUCGUUGAACUCAAUAAGCGUUUCCUUGAGGCAUAUAUGCAUUUCAAAGACGAUCCAAGAGUGCAGAAAUUGAAAGAGAAUGUCUUGAAAUACAACCGUUCAGUCAGAGAUUUGGGUCUGCGUGACCACCAGGUCCCUCGUGCCAAACCUGCGAGCUGGAAAACUCUGGGAUUGCUCGGAUAUCGCUUAGGCCUUCUUAUCGUUUGGUCAUUGCUGGCACUCCCAGGCGUCAUUCUCAAUGGUCCUAUUUUUAUUCUUGCAUCCGUCAUUUCGAGGAAGAAGGCUAAGGAGGCAUUGGCCGCGUCAAACGUAAAAAUUGCAGGCAGGGAUGUCCUUGCUACAUGGAAGAUUCUAAUGUCUCUCGGCGUGGCUCCUGUUCUGUACACGACUUACGCGAUUAUCGCCACCAUAAUUGCUAUCAAGGCUAACGCUCCACUUGAGUGGAGAUUAUGGACUCCAUUUUUGGUUUUGGUCCUUCUGCCGUGCAUGAGUUAUGCAGCGUUGAAGUUUGGCGAAGCUGGUACAGAUAUCUUAAAAUCUUUACGGCCCCUCGUCAUUGCCCUUUUCCCAGGACAGCAACGUUCCCUCGAUAAGCUAAAGCGAAUGCGGGAAGAGCUCUCAAACGAAUUGUCGGAGCUAAUUAAUGAGAUGGGUCCGAAGUUGUGGGAUGAUUUCGACCACUGGAGAAUUAUCGUCCCUUCUGCAAGCGUUCCUCCAUCCUCCGGAAAACCUGGACUAUGGCGGCGAAAGAGCGGAACGGGCGCUGUUGAUGCUCAGGGAAACCUCCUCGUCCAUCCAAUGACUUGGCUCGAUGAACGUCUUUUUGGCUGGAGUCGCAGUGCUGCUCGUGGAACAAGUGCCUGGAGCGGAAAUUAUAGUACAGAUCCGAGCCAAGCCCCGAGCCCUACGUCUACAGACGAUGAGGACGAGGGUGACUACGAGCAUCUUAUGGGCGUUCUGCAGUCGAAUGGCGAUGGAACUCCCUCUAGACUACGUUCUAGAAGCCUUCGCAGCUCAUAUGCAGAUCUUCAACAGCUGAAGAUGACGCCUGCAACCGCGACUGGUGCUAGUGUCCGCUACGAUGCAGGUCAUUCACCGACAGAUAGCAGCUUUCAUCAUGGUGAUCAGCACCGAGAGAGAAAGGGUAGUCUUACCGGCGACGUGCCGGUAGAAAGGAUCGGGGGUAUUAACCGCGAUGAGCCCUUCAAGGAGGCUACGGAGGUUCUGAAUGAAGAGAACGAACGUAAAAGGCGUUAGGCUACUGUAUGGACUGAUAUAGCAUAACUUGUUGCAUUAACAAAGGACUAUCAUUGUCAAUCUAGUGUGGUGAUUUGCCG